AUGCGUGUCAAAAAGCUACUACCAGGAAAGAGCUGGCUUGUCGUUCCAAGUGUCUGGUUCGCUUUUUCUUUCUUGUGCGACUAUACGCUAUGGGGUAAUGCUAAAACAAGCACUCUACAGGCGGUGAAGUCCGAGAAAAAUGUGCAGUCUGUGGCUGUCUGGUGGGCCUUUGGUACCUUAUGCAACGAGGGUCCUGUCACACCAUGCGUCCGUUCGUGCUAG